AUGACUAUCGACCCAAGAGCCAAAAAGCCUCCAAACUCCAAAGAGCAAGACACGACACGAACCUACGAUUACUUACAUACGAAUACACAGUAUCAGUACGAAUACAUCAGAGGCUCACGCCCUCACAUGCAAGCUGCAACAACCUCUGCUGUGGGUCCAUUUACGGCGACGGCUUCCUCAGGGACGUUUCAACACUACUGUGUGCAACCACGUAUACGUCAGCCCGUCCUCCAUUUGAGACUUGCCCAAGCUAAGGUACGGAGUACGGAUACAGAGCAUAGAGUCGCCAAUCAUCAAUGUACCUCGCAAAGGAUACAUGUUUCUUUUCUUUUGGUCAGCGGUCUCCGACUCCUGCUGAUACGGGACACAAGAUCCAAUACGAUGCGCAUUGGCCGACUAUCUUUUGCCUCAACAGAGGACCAUGUCUCUCGCCGUACCACGCCUUGCAAGUUGCGCCAUCCAUCUUCUGCUACAUUACCACCCCAACGUCCCUUUUUUGCUGAGGUACCUGCGUCGCCGUUGCUAGCCCACAGCAGCUUCGCCAACGUCUGCCUCAUCGUGCUUCUUACAUGA